UACACCCUCGUAUUGCACCAACAUCAGUCCCCCGACUUGGCUCUGACACCAUGGCUUCGUCGCAGCAAGACACUCCUCUAAACGAGAAGCGGGGCGCUGUGCCGGGUGAGAGUGUACACGGCACGCCUGCGCUUUCCCGCAACGAAAGCAUGGACUUCAAGACUACAGAGGGCACCAUCCAUCUCUCCAGACCGUACCGCUCGUCGACUUCCAACAAGCUGCGCACUAUGGUCACCUUCUCCCCGCGCAAGUCGCACUUUGACAUCAGCAAUGAGAGGUCGGGCAGCAAUGAGUUCAGAGGCUUCUUUAUGCUCUUCUGGUUCGCCAUGUUCUUGUUGACUGUCCGCACGUAUAUUCGCAGCAUCGAAGAGCAUGGCUAUCCUCUCGAAGGCGCGUUCUUCUCCAUGUUUUCGCGACAUCCUGUCACCCUCGCACUGUCCGACGCCGUGCUCGUACUCAGCACCGGGAUCUGCGUUCCGUUCGUCAAGGCGAUCCGCAAUGGCUGGAUCCGGUACUACUGGACCGGCGUCAUCUUACAGCACCUCUGGCAGACGUCUGUGCUCUUCAUCGCAAUCGAGUGGACGUUCAACCGCCAUUGGCCGUGGGUACAGUCCGGCUUCUUGACGCUACAUUCCUUGGUGAUGGUCAUGAAAAUGCAUUCGUAUGUGACGACAAACGGCCAGCUGCACUGGGUGAACGAGCAGGCGAAGACGUCGUAUAAGCAGCUGGAGAAAGCAGUGAAGGAUGAAGGUGGGUGGGAGGCUGCUCUCGCCGCGGCGCAGGAAAAUAAGGCGCGCACUCAGGAGCACGAGCGCAGAACACAAGUAAACGAUAUCGUGAAUGGCACGCCCAUGGCGCCCGAGGGAUCGACUACAUCGUAUGUCGACGUGAAUGUUGGAUCUGCACUCCGCCAUCGCUUGCAAGUUGCCGGCAACACAGACAUCGUGAACACGACCGGCACACGCCUGAUCCCGCCAGACCCGUCGCCCUCGGGUCCGUCGCCGUUGCCGCGCACACCCACUCAAAUCCUGACGCAUCAUCCUGAUCCGAAGAUCGCCCAGCUCGCGCAAGAGCAUGCCGAGCUGGAGGUCGAACUGUCGAGUUCGGGCCCGGAUCGCGUACGUUGGCCGGAAAACAUAUCACUGCGUAACUUUGCGGUAUACAUGGCGAUUCCGACGCUCGUGUACGAGCUAGAGUAUCCGCGGACGGACAGGAUCCGACCAUUGUACGUAUUCGAGAAGACGGUUGCGACGUUUGGCACGUUCGCACUACUCUACACUGUGACGGAGAGCUUUAUCAUCCCUCUUACACCUACGCCGGAGCAAAGAAUAUGGCGAUCCCUGCUCGAUCUCUCCCUUCCUUUCAUGGUAGCAUUUCUCCUCCUGUUCUACCUGAUAUUUGAGUGUAUAUGCAACGGCUUCGCUGAGCUAUCAUUCUUCGCUGACCGCCGUUUCUACGAUGACUGGUGGAAUUCGACGUCAUGGGACGAGUUCUCGCGCAAGUGGAAUCGACCAGUGCACACCUUCCUAUUGCGACACGUCUACGCGGGCUCGAUGAGCAACUUUGCACUGUCACGCAAUGGCGCGAUGAUAUUCACGUUUUUGCUGAGCGCCGCAGCGCACGAGCUUGUAAUGACAAUCGUCACGAAGAAGAUCCGGAUGUACCUCUUUGUUCUCCAACUAAGCCAAAUACCGAUGAUCGUCAUCGGGCGCAUCCCUGCCAUCAAGCGUAAUAAGUUACUUGGAAACAUGGUCUUCUGGGCAGGGCUCUUCAUUGGCAUGCCCCUUCUCUGUGUAGCGUACGUUGCAUACUGAGCCCACUGCUCCGGCAAUAGCAACCGCGAAUACGCUAUGAUUCGCACCUUUCGUUACUUGUGUGAAAGGGUUUUCUCGCAUAGGAUACAACUUCACUACUGUAUACAGGAUUAUCAAUUGCAUCGACUAGAUAUCAA